UCCGGUAACAGUCGCACGGGGCGGCGGGAGGCUCGAGCCGUCAGAGCGGGAAGGUCGCGCGCCGUCAGCCCUCCAUCUUCAUCCUCCUCCACCUCUCCUCCUCAUCCUCUCCGCCUCCAUCAUGUCCGGCAGCAAGGAGGAGGACCGCAAGGGCUCGGGCGAGUGGCGGGAAUUCUUCUGGAACCCGCGGACUCACGAGCUGCUGGGCCGGACCGCCACGAGCUGGGGCCUCAUCCUGCUCUUCUACCUGGUCUUCUACCUGUUCCUGGCGGGGAUGUUCACGCUCACCAUGUACAUCAUGCUGCUGACGCUGGACGACUACAAGCCCACCUGGCAGGACCGGCUGGCCACGCCUGGGAUGAUGAUCCGUCCGAAGGGCGACCAGCUGGAGAUCACCUUCUCGGUCUCGAACACGGAAACCUGGGACGGCCUCGUCAACAACCUCAACACUUUCCUGUCCACCUACGACGACAACUACCAGGUUCAAGCCAACGACAACUGUCCACCUGAUCAGUACUUCAUCCAGGAGGACAGCGGAGAGGUGAGGAACAACCCGAAGCGUUCCUGUCAGUUCAACCGCACCGUCCUGGAGGACUGUUCAGGGAUCUCCGACCGUUUCUACGGUUACAGCCGAGGACAGCCCUGCAUCCUCAUCAAGCUCAACCGGGUGAUCGGGAUGCUACCAGGUAAAGACGGUCAGUCGCCUUUUGUCACCUGUGGAGCCAAGAGGGAGGACAGCGAUAAAAUCGGGCCUCUGGCUUAUUUUCCCCCCAACGGAACCUUCAACCUGAUGUACUACCCCUACUACGGCAAGAAGGCCCAGGUGAACUACACCCAGCCGCUGGUGGCCGUGAAGUUCCUGAACGCCUCGCUGAACACCGACAUCAACGUGGAGUGUAAAGUCACGUCCAACACGCUGGCAGCCGGCAGCGAGCGGGACAAGUUCGCCGGCCGGGUGUCCUUCAAGCUGCGCAUCAACGACAACUAGACACACACACACACACACACACACACACACACACACUUCCAAACUGCACUCCUCCAGAUGUUUGAAACUGUCCUGAUGUGUUUUUA